UUUAAUUCAGAAUAUAGUAUUGUCAUAGGAUUCCUUACUAUGUUUUUGGUUUAAGUUUUUUUUUAUUAGAGAUUAGAUGACAUAAAUUCUUUGCAUUUGAGUGUUUGUAAUCGCUUUGAUAGGUGGUAAUUUUGAUUUUGCCCAAACUGUAAUGGAUGUUGUCUAUUGCAGAUAUUAAGACAGCUGUAAAAAAUAAAGUUCCUCUUGUACGGUCAUCAACUUUUAACUGGGUAACAUUCUGUAUUGAAACAAGUAACAAGGCUGUUAUUUUAAAGGUGCACAAGGACUAUGUGCCUAUCCUUAUGGAGUGCCUCAAUGAUGGGACUCCAGAUGUGAGGGAAGCAGCCUUUUCAGCUUUGGCAGCGAUAGCUAAGUUGGUUGGUAUGAGACCCUUGGAGCGGUCACUUGAGAAACUUGAUGAUGUUAGAAGAAAGAAGCUUUCUGAAAUGAUUUCAGGUUCUGAAGGUGGCACAUCUACCAAUACAAACUCAGCAGUCCAAGCUUCUGGUGCAACCGCAUCCUCUCAUGAGGUGAUUUAUUUCUUAUAUAAUGGAUUUAUGGAAGUUAAAGAACAAUUCUAUGUUGAGAGGUUGCAUGCAUCAGAUGCUUCAUUUUUUAAAAAGUCAGCAGCAAGCAUGCUUAGUUGGAAGAGGCCUUAUCAAGCAGCUGUGAGUUCUUGA